AUGUUUUAAGACUAAUUCAUAAGCUCAAAUAUUCCUUCCAAAUAAGUAAACGAGUUGGAUGAAGAAAAAUUUGACCAUCAAGAUAAAAUCAAAAAUGAAGAUAUCUCUAAUUAAACUUAAGUAAUUCGUUUGAAAAGAAACUAAUAAUAGAAGAAAGCUUUAAAUUUGGGUGAAGUUUCUUAGGAUUAGAUAAAUAGUUCAUAGAAUCAUUUGAAUGAAAAAAAUUAUAUGAAUUAACUUAAGUAAUAUGAAGAAAUUAAUAAUCAAUAAAAAUAAGAAUAAUACUAAUAAAAAUAAUAAUAACAAUAAUAAUAACAAUAUUAAAGAUAUGAAACCUCUUACUAACCAUUUUUAAAUUAUUAAUAGCAAUAUUCAUAACAAUAAAAUACCUAUAACUAUUAACAAUUUUCUAAUUAUGAAUAAUAAUAAUCAUUAUAGGAACAAUAGGAUUUUAUAAAGUUGCAAUAACUUUUAAAAACACCCGAAAUCCUUAAAGGCUCAUCAGUUAAGAAGAAGAUCAAAAAAAAUACUUCUAAUUCCAAAAUUAUUUCUAAACAGAAAGAAAAGAAAAAUAAAAGUCUUUUAGAUUAUUAAUUCAAGAUUUAAACAAAUAAAAAUUAAAAAAAUUAAAUUCAAUCAAAUAUAUAAUAAGAUCAUGGCUAAGAAUUACCUCAAAAAUAAUAAGAAUAAAAUAUUACUAAUGAUAAAUAAAAAUUUGAUACAAAAAUUAAAGUAAGCGAUAAGCCUUAAAUAAUAAAACCAUCAGGUUCUAUUUAUGGCAUAAUAGGAAUUAAUGAUGAUAGAAUCCUGUAUCAUACAAAAUAAUCAAUAGGAAUCUUAGAGGAUCCUUUUAAGAAGGGGUUUUAAAGAAGUGAAUAAGGAUGUUAAUCUCCAAUUGUUGGAUUUUAGGUAAAUAAAGCAGGUUAAGUAAUUUUAUAAACAGAAACUCAUGUUAUUCUUUAUAGUAAGGAUUUACAAUUACUAGAUUAAUUUAAAGAAAAAAUAGAGAAAAAUCUCUUAACUUAUUCUUAAGAAGGUAAAUAUAUCAUUUAAUAAUUAGUUUAUUAAUCUGAUUUCUUAAUAUAUUUUAGUAAUAAAGAAAAUACGUUGAUAAAGGUAGAAAUAUUAAAUUCUAGUCAUAAAUUUGGUAAAUCGUUAAUCCUAUUUAAAACUGUUAAACCAAUUUCAAUCAAAAUCAUAUAGAAUGAAAAGCUAUUUCUUGGAUAUUCAAAUGGACAAAUUAAAUAAUAUUCUUUAAAGUCAAAUCAAUUAAUAAAUAAUUAUCAAAUAAAACAAGAAAACUCCAUUCAGAUGAUAUUUUCUUCAAUUAUUUUUAGAAAAUAAUUUUGUUUAGGAAUAAUAUAGAACAGAAUUUUAAAAUUAAACUAUUUAAGUAAAUAAACAGAAAAUUUCUUAAAUGCUACAUAAAAUAUUAGUUAGUUUUCUUAUUAUUAUGAUUCACAAGAGAAUAUAUAUAUAAUUCAUGCUCUUUUAGAAAAUAAUGUAAUAUUUAUUAUAAAAUUAGAAAAUCUAUAAAUCAAAGAUGAUUAAUGGAAAGGAAAUUGAUGGAAAGGUACGAUCUUUAUAAUAAAAAAUAACUAGUAUUACCUUUUCAAGCAAAACUCUUUAGUUUAUAUAUGGUUGCCAAAAUGGCUACAUAAAUGGAUAUUAAAUCAGGUAAAUUUGAAUAAUAAUUAUUUAUACAUAAAUAAUUAAAAAUGCUAAAAUUAAUUACAUUAAUAUUAGAGCUUUUUCUUGUUUUAGAAUGCUUGA